AUACAUAUACUUAUAAUAAACUUUAACAGUUUACAUAUUCUUUUUUUUCAGGUUUAGCUCUGAGCUUUCAAGAUGCGCCAAUAUAUAUAAUGCUUUAGUUGGAAAGAUAAAAGUUUGCAAAUAAUGGCUUCAUAUAACCCUAAACUAAGGGACAAAAAAUACAAUAACUGGGUUAAAGCUCAGUUAGCCGUGUUGUUUACUAAGGAAGGAGUUGAACCUUUUGUUUGUAAUGAAAUCAAACAGUUUCAAUUGAAAUGUUUACAUGAUAUAUGCUACGUAAAUGAGUUACCUAGUGGGACUUGUUGUUCAAGUUGCUGCACGGAAAAUCUUGUAAAGUGUCCAACAAACAGAAUAUGUAAUGUUAGUUAUGGGAAAUGUACGUAUCAUCGAAAUGUCACAACACGGUACAAUUCUUCCGGCUGUCCUAACAAGAUAUGUCAUAACCUCAAAACUGAAAUUCAAAAUGCGCAUAGGUACUACGGCCCGUCGUACAAAAACAGUGAUGCUACCCAGUGGUGCAGUAACUUCUGGGAAGUAGCGAAAUGCUUCAUGCCACCAGAUGGGUAUAAAGACAGAUCAUCUGCAACAGAAACAGACUUUAAUGGUAUAAUCAGCGUUAUCCUUAAUCACAAAGACUUCCACGGAAAAGUACAUGAAGACCUCAAUAAGAAGAUAAAUAUAUUUGAAAAGGUGAGAGAGAUUGGAAGAAAGGUACGACAUUCAUCAACACUGGAAGUAGAAGAUUCAGAUCUACAUCAUUACUUUCAACUAUUACAGCAGAUGCUUUCUGACCCCGGGUAUUUAGUUACUGACACUCAUGCGCAGAAUGCUAAAAAGAAACUUAUACAGGUGAUUAAACAAUUUUAA